AUGGGAUCAUCAAACACGUCACGCCUGGUGUCGGCGAAAGAAGUCGCACACCAAGAUUCCGCUGACGACUGCUGGGUGGUCAUCGACAAUCAAGUGUGGGACGUGACUGCCUUUGCUACAGGCCAUCCCGGUGGCGCUGACACUAUCCUCCAACAUGCUGGCGGUGAUGCCACUGAAGCCUACAAUGAAGUCCACGGACCAGCCACAAUCAAAACUCUGCCCGCCACUCAAUUGAUAUGCCAGCUUGACUUGUCUUCAAUCAACGAAGCAUGGGGAAACCGCCUUAGGCCCCUGGCACAGACACAAAAGACCAAACCACCGCUGAAUACCUUACUCAGUACGCACGACUUCGAGGAUGCAGCUCGGAACUCUCUAUCUAAGAAAGCCUGGGCAUUUUACUCCAGCGCUGCCACCGAUCUGAUUUCCCACCAUAGCAAUAAAGAGCUCUACAGACGCAUUUGGAUGCGACUUCGCCUCCUCAGAGAUGUCUUUGUGGUCAGUACACGUACUAAUAUCCUGGGAGUCAAAUUCGAUCUGCCAGUGGUGGCUGCGCCCGUCGCUCUUGCACGGUUGGCACAUCCGGAGGGCGAAAGAGGCAUCGCUCAUGCAUGUGCGCAGAAAAAUAUUGAUUACUGCAUACCUAUCACCGCCUCUAUCCCAGCGGAAGAAAUCAUCGGAUCGGUUUCAUCGGUCGACCCAUUUUUCUUUCAGCUGUAUGUCAACAAAGAUCGCACAUCAUCGGAGCCAAUAUUACAGCGAAUCUGGGGUCUUGGUAUUCGAACCCUCUUCGUGACGAUCGACAGUCCGGUGCCUGGGAAGCGCGAGGCUGAUGAGCGGGUGCGCGCCGAGCAGUCGAUUUCCAUGCCCAUGACAGGCACCAAAUCCAGCCGGGAUGGGAAGGGUGGUGGAAUCACACGGACCACGGGAUCUUUCAUCGACAAUUCACUGUGUUGGGAAGAUUUGGCUUGGCUGAGGAUGCAUUGGCAAGGGAGACUAGUCCUCAAGGGAAUACAGUCCGUCGAAGAUGCGCUAAUGGCAGUGGAGUCGAGGAUCAACGGUAUCGUCUUGAGAAAUUUGGACACUUCGCCACCUGCAAUCCUGACAGUCCUCGAGUUGAACCGGCACUGUCCCCAUGUUUUGCGAGAGACUGAAGUCUUGGUGGAUGGUGGUAUCCGCCGGGGAACAGAUAUCUUGAAAGCGAUAUGCCUCGGGGCGCGGGGUGUGCUUAUCGGGAGGCCAGUGAUGUAUGCUCUCAGCUAUGGCCAAGAAGGCGUCGAGCACUUGAUUGACCGUAUAUUUUCAUCUUUUUCGCUUACUAUUGAUUCAUCGAGAAGGCUGACUCUCCGUUAG